ACUCUCUCUCCUCAACUCCUCCACUCCUCGCUUCUCUCUCUUCUCAUCUUCGACUUCUCUUUGAGUAAGAGGAGAGCAGAUAGCGGCAGAAGAGUAAAGCAACCGCCUCCCCUGCCUCCUGCCGUUUUUCUUCUCCAUUGUCCUCAUCUCGUUCCGUGUCGGUCUUCCGACCUUCCUCCAUUGCUCUCACCUCUCGAUCUCUUUCUACCUACCCCGCCCACGGUUGCUGGGAUCCCAGAUCGAGGCAGAAGGCGCCUGGAGAAGCCGACGAGGUCCAUUCUUCACACCUUCCUACGGCUAUUCCUCGUUUCCAGCGUCUCAAAUACACGAUCGGCCGGUCGCGGGGUCCUUGGACUCCCUGCCUCACGAUGCUCCGGCAUUGUGGUAGUCAGUGGUGAGUCGGCUAAAUCUAAGCGAAUGCUCGUUGUUGUCUUCUCUGGGUUUUGAUUCCAGAGUGGGCCGUCACUUUGCUGGCUUGAUCUAGUAGAUCUGAAUCGAGCUUCCAUCUUGAUGAGGGCUCGAGGGCUUCGGAUUUUUUGAUCGUGUGGUGUUGCUGGUGAACGGAUAAGGAAGAGCUUUUUCAGGCUAAGAAGAUGGACUCUGACACUCCUCUCGACUGUGCUGUAUUUGAGCUAUCGCCAAGGCGGUCAAGAUGCGAGCUGUUUGUAUCUGGAAAUGGGAGGACCGAGAAGAUUGCCUCUGGUUUCUUAAAGCCAUUUCUCACACAUUUGAAGGUUGCAGAAGAGCAGGCUGCGUGUUCAGACGAGAUGAUAAAACUGGAAGUUGACGGAUCAACGAGUGGCCACGGAUGGUUUAAUAAAGGAACUCUGGAAAGGUUUGUUCGGUUUGUCAGUACUCCUGAGGUGCUGGAGUCAGCCAUCACCUGUGACGCAGAGAUAUCACAGUUGGAAGGCGCCAGACGAAUAUAUUCACAGGGUAUCGGAAAUACACUUUCUUGUAGACCAAGUGAAGAUGUUAUCAGUUCUGUAGAAGAUGCAGAUGUAACAAAUUGAAGAGAGGAAGAUAAAGACACCAACAA